GCUGGGCCGAGACGGAGCUAAAAGAGAUGGGGCCUGAGGGAAGGACCAGAGCGGUCUCUUGACGAGUUUGUGGGGGCCCCCUCAGGGGCGGGGCCUGGCAGAAGGGGCCGGACGGGCCGACCCUCGCGAGGAUGGGGCUAAGCGGCUCCUCGGGUCUGCGCCAGGGGUGAAGGCUCCCCGACCAUGACCUCCACAGGCCACGAGUCUUCUACAACCAGGCACCGAAGGAGUAGGCACAACCCCCACUCCCCCCCCCACGACACCAGCGCCACCUCGAAGCGGGGGACUAAGAAAGGGGCCACGCACCAUUCCAGCCCCAGCCUAUUGGAUAUCAAGAAGAAAGGCAGGAUGAAGAAGUUCAUCCAACCCGCGGAGCAUGAUCUAAUCCUGGGGUUACAAGGCUUGGAUCUGAAUCUUGAGGACAAGGUACUCUCUGGCACUGGCUUGGUGUUUGAUGAGCAGCUCAAUGAAUUCCACUGCCUCUGGGAUGACAGCUUCCCCGAAUGUCCCGAGAGGCUCCAUGCCAUCAAGGACCAGCUGAAGCAGGAAGGCCUCCUGGAACGCUGUGUGCCCUUUCAGGCCCGCUUUGCUGAAAAGGAAGAGCUGAUGUUGGUUCACAGCCUAGAAUACAUCGAUCUGAUGGAGACGACCCAAUACAUGAAUGAAAGGGAACUCAGAAUCCUGGCAGAAACCUAUGACUCAGUUUAUCUGCAUCCGAACUCAUACAACUGCGCCUGCCUGGCUUCAGGCUCCGUUCUCAGGCUCGUAGAUGCCAUGCUAGGAGGCGAGAUCCGGAAUGCCAUGGCUGUCAUCAGGCCUCCUGGACACCAUGCCCAGCACAGUCUUAUGGAUGGAUACUGCAUGUUUAACCAUGUGGCCAUAGCUGCCCGUUAUGCUCAGCAGAAGCAUGGAAUUCAAAGGAUCCUUAUUGUGGACUGGGAUGUACACCACGGUCAAGGAACACAGUUCACCUUCGACCAGGACCCCAGUGUUCUUUAUUUCUCGAUCCACCGCUAUGAACAGGGUCGUUUCUGGCCCCACCUUAAAGCCUCUAACUGGUGCACCACUGGUUUUGGUCAAGGGCAGGGCUACACCAUCAACGUGCCUUGGAACCAGGUGGGGAUGCGAGACGCCGACUACAUUGCUGCCUUCCUGCACCUGCUGCUGCCAGUUGCCUUUGAGUUCCAGCCCCAGUUAGUCCUAGUGGCCGCUGGAUUCGACGCCCUUCAAGGGGACCCCAAGGGAGAGAUGGCUGCCACCCCAGCAGGGUUUGCACACCUGACCCACCUGCUCACUGGUCUGGCAGGAGGCAGACUGAUCCUGUCUCUGGAGGGUGGCUACAACCUCCGUUCCCUGGCUGAAGGUGUCAGUGCCUCCCUCCACAUCCUUCUGGGAGACCCAUGCCCCAUGCUGGAGUCCCCUGUUGCACCUUGCGUGAGUGCCCAGGCAUCGGUCUCCUGUGCUCUAGAAGCCCUAGAGCCAUUUUGGGAGAUUCUUGUGAGAUCAGCUGAUUCCCGGGAGCCGUACAACAUGGAAGAGCACAAAAUGGAGGCGGCAGAAGAAGCUUGGCAGCCCCCUGAUUUCCCAAUCCUGACGUGGCCCGUGCUGCACGAUCGUACAGGGCUCAUCUACGAUCAGCGGAUGAUGGAUCACUACAACCUGUGGGACAACCACCACCCAGAGACACCACAGCGCAUCUUGCGUAUCAUACGCCGCCUGGAGGAACUGGGCCUUGCAGAGCGCUGCCUGGCCCUGCCAGCGCGCCCCGCCACUGAAGGAGAGCUGCUUGCCUGCCACAGUUCUGAGUAUAUCAGCCGCCUGCGCGCCACAGAGAGGCUGAAGACCCGGGAGCUGCACCGUGAGAGCGCCAACUUUGACUCCAUCUACAUCUGCCCCAGCACCUACCCCUGCGCGGAGCUGGCAGCCGGCUCUGUGUGCCAGCUGGUGGAGUCGGUGCUCUCUGGGGAGGUUUUGAAUGGGGUUGCCUUGGUGCGCCCCCCAGGGCACCAUGCAGAGCCAGAGGCCGCUUGUGGUUUCUGUUUUUUCAACUCUGUAGCCGUGGCUGCUCGUCAUGCCCAGGCCAUCAGUGGGCAGUCGCUGCGGAUCCUGAUCGUGGACUGGGACGUCCAUCAUGGUAACGGCACACAACACAUGUUUGAGGAAGACUCCAGCGUGCUGUACGUCUCCCUGCACCGUUACGAUCAUGGAACUUUCUUCCCCAUGGGGGGUGAAGGUGCCAGCUGCCAAGUAGGACGGGGUGCUGGCAGAGGCUUCAAUAUGAACAUCGCCUGGAAUGGGCCCCGCAUGGGUGAUGCCGAAUACCUGGCUGCCUGGCAUCGCCUCCUGCUUCCUGUUGCCUACGAGUUUAACCCGGAGCUGGUGCUGAUCUCUGCCGGUUUUGAUGCUGCACGGGGGGACCCGCUGGGGGGCUGCCAGUUGUCACCAGAGGGCUAUGCCCAUCUCACCCACCUGCUGAUGGGCCUGGCCAAUGGCCGCAUUAUCCUCGUCCUAGAGGGUGGUUAUAAUCUGACAUCCAUCUCAGAGUCCAUGGCUGCCUGCACCCGCACCCUCUUAGGGGACCCACCACCCCUGCUGACCCUGACACGGGCUCCACUUGGAACGGCCCUGGCCUCCAUCACCGAGACCAUCCAAGUCCAUCGCAGAUACUGGCGCAGCUUGCGCAUCAUGAAAGUUGAUGACAAAGAGGCACUCUUCAGUUACAAGCCAGUCAGCAAAAAAGCACACCCACCAGCCACCCUCAGGCAUGCUGAGUAUAUGGCCACACCAAGAAGGAGUCUUCUAGAAGCGGUCAAGAGAAAGGCCACUCUAACAGCAGCUACCAAACACUCCACUCAUGAUCAGACUAAGUCAAGGGUAGCUGUGGGGGGACUUCCUCGGCGCCAGCCCUCCGAGACAGCCACAGGAGGAGCCAAGCUGGACCAAACCACCACAGAGGGAGCCACACUGGACCAGGCCCCUGUAGCCUCAAGUUCUGACAACCAGACACCCUCAGCAUCAUCCAUGCAAGGCACCCCAUCCCAGGUGUCCUCUAGUAAGCUGACUGGGAAGCUGAGUAUCUUGGACCUAAGCAAAGACACGCAGGAGGAACCAGACUCUCAGACCCCAGAAGAGGAGAAGCCACUUGAAGGAGCAGCUGGAGGUCACGAUGUGAGUGAGUCACUGCUGAUGCAGGACUUCGGCAGCUAUGCUGACAGUGAGCAGGCCAUGUUUUAUGCUGUGACACCGCUGUCUUGGUGUCCCCACCUGGACGCAGUAUGCCCAGUACCUGAGGCAGGCUUGGAUGUGACUCGUGCUUGUCGAGCUUGUGAAACACACCAGGAGAACUGGGUGUGUCUGUCUUGCUAUAAGGUCUACUGCGGUCGUUAUGUGAACGCCCAUAUGCUCCAGCACUACAGAGACUCUGAACACCCACUGGUCCUCAGUUAUGUUGACCUGUCUGUCUGGUGUUACUGCUGCCAGGCCUAUGUCCACAACCAGGCUUUCCUAGAGGCGAAGAACAAAGCCCACCAGAACAAGUUUGGUGAAGAGAUGCCCCACUCUCAUUAAAUCCCAGAACACAUUCCUCAUCACCUUCUGAAGACCAAGUUAGAACAACCUUAGUUAAUUUCAACCUGCCCCAGGGAGGAGGAGCAGCCUCACUCCCACCUCCCAAAAACUCCCCCAAAGUUACAACUCCCCAAGGCUGCUGAGUUAAGUAUAAAUGUUCAUAAGAAGACUAUGAAAAUCAGUUGUAGAUCGCCUCCUGCCCAUUGCCUACUCCAGGGACUCUUUAACACUUUGCUCCGAAAGGAAAGCAGCAGCUGGGUGGUCCCCCGAGGGACCCACUAACACUAAAAUGAUCACCUUGGACGGAGGAGAAUCAACUGGCAGAUACGGUUGCAUUGCGCAUAAGUAAUAAAAUACAAGCUGUUACUGAA